GUUUGCGACGGUUUUGUCUGUCGUCACAACCGCGAUCCCGUGGUCUGCCCGUGAGCAGCCGGUGGGGUCGUCCGUUCUACGACAUGAUUGGCCAAUGGGCUCAAAUAUCCGUACAGUGCCGAAGUGGGGAGCUCUCCCGGAGACUUUGAUAACACCGCGACCGGUUUCCUUUCCAGCCCAGCUUCAACCCGUCGCGGCGCAUUCGACAGAGCUUUCGCAGCUCACACCCGCCACAAAAUCUCACAACAUCUUCCCCAAGAAGCGCAUUGGCGCCUCACCCUCAUACAUCCUCCAACAUGACCACCCGGUGGAUAGACUGGUCGAAAACGACCCGAUCGAAAGAUUACCGCGGCUCCGGCUCCUUCGCGACAUUUCUCAUCAUCGGGCCGGUAUGUUUCUUCCUGGGUAUCCUCUUCGCCUCCUUCCCCUACGACUUCCCUCUGCUCUGGACCUCGGACCCGAUCACGCCGUCGUUCCUGGACCACCUCGAGACCCACCUGCGCUUCACGCACCAGUCCCCGCCCCUGAUCGCCCGCAUGCUGCACAUCAUCAUGUUCGUCGGCUUCCUGGGCUUCUUCAUCAAGCUGUUCCGCCCGAGCGAAGCCAACGUGCUCUUCGACGGCGGCAGCCUGAUGCUGUACGUCAUCGCCGUGGGCGUCUACCUGAGCAACAUCGUCAAGGGCAUGCGCGCCGUCAGCCAGCCCGGCGGGCUGGCCGCUGCCGUGGCCGAGGCGGCGGCUGAGGCUGCGGGGGAGGCGCAACCCGGGACGAUGUACCAGGGUCCGAUUACGGGGAAGGUGGUGCUCGGGCGCGAGGAUACCCUGCGGGUCAUGAGCGCGAGUCGCGUGAUUCUUGCGCUGGUCUUGGUUGGCGUGUUGGUGUUGCAGGCCGGGCAGUGGUAUGCGGAGCGCAAGGAGGCGGAUGAUUAUGCUAAGGCGGAGAGAGAUGCGGCCGAGAAGAGAGGCGCGGGGGGGACAGCGGGGAAGAAGAAGCUGUGAUAUAAUGACGUUCAUGUGCUGGUAAGAGGCGUUGGGGGCUGGGCGGGUUCAUGGGUCGGUUACGGCGAGAUAUUCUUCGAUGUGCAGCAAUGUGUUGCUAUUUUAUGUCCGGCUACCUACAAUGGAUACUGUGUAGAAUUCGCCUGCCAUGGCCAUCGCACACCAAGAAGAUAUCGGCACCUAUGUGCUAUACAGACAAACUCCUUUUAUCUGCACAAAUCAGUUGAACCGGGCAAAUGUAUCCCUCGGAGAU